GCAGCGUAGCUACGGAGACACGAGGACACAGUUCCCACGCAAUGCCUGGUACAGGCACACCUGAUGGCAGCUCCCCGCAGGCCACCAUGGCAUCAGAUGAAGGCAAGCUUUUCGUGGGGGGGCUGAGUUUUGACACUAAUGAGCAGUCGCUGGAGCAGGUGUUCUCAAAAUAUGGACAGAUUUCUGAAGUGGUGGUUGUGAAAGAUAGGGAGACCCAGCGAUCUCGGGGGUUUGGGUUUGUCACCUUUGAGAACAUCGACGAUGCCAAGGACGCCAUGAUGGCCAUGAAUGGGAAGUCUGUGGAUGGGAGACAGAUCCGAGUUGACCAGGCAGGCAAGUCCUCCGACAACCGAUCCCGUGGGUACCGAGGUGGCUCUGCCGGGGGCCGGGGCUUCUUCCGUGGAGGCAGAGGCCGGGGGCGUGGGUUCUCUAGAGGUGAGUGCUACUCGCAGGGCCUUGGGCCCUCAGGGAUGAGGUGGGGUCCAUUACUGCUGGCAAGAGCUGGCACUUCUUCAUGUUCUUUCCUGCAGGAGGAGGGGACAGAGGCUAUGGGGGGAGCCGGUUUGAGUCCAGGAGUGGGGGCUAUGGAGGCUCUAGAGACUACUACAGCAGCCGGAGUCAGGGUAGCAGCUAUGGUGACAGGAGCUCGGGCGGGUCCUACAGAGACAGCUAUGACAGUUACGCUACACACAACGAGUAAAAAUCCUUCCUGCUCAAGAUCGUCCUUCCAAUGGCUGUAUAUUUAAAGAUUUUGGGAGCUUCGCUGAAUCGUUAAUGUGUAGUGAACACACCUCCUUGUAUCCCACUUUUGUAGCCUUCUCAGUUCUGAGCUUGUCAAACACAGCCUGACUGCUUCUGACCCCAGAUGGCCUCAUGACCAGACUUUUCUUUUUAAAGAAGUGCCGUCCGUUUUUAGGGGUUUAAAAACGUUUGAAAAGCACUUUUGACUUCACAUUUUUCUUUUUACCAUGAGCCGUAAAUUGAAAAAAAAAUUCUUUGGGGGUUGUGUGGGGUUUGGUUUUUUUGUUUUGGUUGUGUUGCCUUUUUUGUUUCUUUUUAGCGGGGUUACCUUGAAGUCAGUGCCCCAGUUCACUUCUCUUUGAGAUUGAACGGACUCUCAAUCUGCUCUUUGUCGGAAGCUGAGCAAGCUGUGGCUUUUUUUCCAACUCGUGUACCGUUUCUGAGUGUAGCGUGGUAGGACCUGCCCAGGGCACUGCAGGGCGGGCUGGCCUGUCUGCCCAAUGUGCUGGGGGCCCGCAGUAGACGCACAGACGUCCCGUGAGGUUCUUGAAAAUGUUUAUUUAUAUUGUCCUUUUUUACUGGAAGACAUGCAUACCCAUUGAUGUUGUAUUUGAAGUGGUUAAGGAAUUGUACGCAGUUUCUUUGGCUUUACGAAGCCGAUUAAAAGACCGUCUGAAAUGAACUUGCUCUGACAAUUUCCCUUUCAUUGCACAACACACCUCUGCUGUGGGUUCGCGGCUGUCAGGCCUGAGCAGAGAGGCAGUGUGAGAAGCAGGUCUGCCAGCCCUGCUUGAGCCCAAAGGAGAGAUAGACGAGGAAGGCAGAAUAAGCUGAUGCUGGUGGGCCCUUUGACAGCGACUGCCACCGGUCCUGGUUAGGUGAGCGAGGUGGGUGACGGGAGCGGGCAGCUGACCACAGGACAGCCCUGGGAGCCCUCUGGCGGUGGCAGCCAGAGGGCUCGAUGGGGCGGGCAGCCCAGCAGGGACAGUGGAUGUGCGGGCACCUGACCCUGACCUGAACCCUUCACCUUAGCUUAGACUCUGGUUAGACAGACGGCAGGCAGCAUCCCUGGGUGACCAGACUGAUGGCUCGGUAGCUAGCUCUGCUGUUACUUUACAAGUUCUGAGCGUUCUCCGCUAGCCUAUGGAAGCUGCAGCCCUCGGAGGACAGAAGUGUUGUGCGCCCAACAGAAACCUCUGAGAUGCAAGCUGCUCCCUUGGCUAGCUCAUAUGUGGAAAUAGCCCUGUAAUUCGAGGUAACUCCUUUUGCUCGUGUCCGCAUCCCUCCUCUUGUCAAGAGCUCAUUUGAAAAUGUACCCGGGGAAUGUUCCUUUGACUUUUUUUGUUUUUUCCAAUUUUUUUAAAUCAAGCUAGAACUAAAAACGUCAGACCCUGGCCCCACGGGCAGUUGCGCCUCAAGAGUAGGUUCGGUCCAUAAGCAGGAUUGGAGACCACCGAACACCAUGCCUUUUGGAUUUUUUGUGCAUCAAUUGACAGUCUUUUCCAGACCUCCUUAAGUCACACUCCUACCUGGCUCUCUGAUGUCUGUUGCUGCCAUGAGUUUUUUUCCCAGAGCCCAUGCCAUCUAUAAGCAGCUCCAUCCCAUGUGGAUAGCUGGCUCUGCUUAAGGUGGGACGUGGCCUGGCCCAUCUGGAAAGGCACAGGCCCACCAGGGCUCACCGCCGUGACGGGCCUUUGCCAGGAUGGCCUGAUGACUAGCUUGAGACCCUCCUAGGAUCUGUGGAUGGUUUCAGGGGAGGUGGGGAGGACAGCUUCCAGGUGCAGAGCAGCCAGGUUGUUGGGUAACGCUCCUUUGCUUUGGCAGGUUGAAGGGAAGGAAGCCCAACUGGGAAGGGUGGUCCAAGAGC